GGUUGUCUUUUCUCUUGAUAGGCAAAUGAGUCGCCAUGGACAGUGUGACUGUCGUGAGUCAGAAAUGAGAGGGAAAUCCAUUUACAAGAAUACUUUGAUUUAAAUAAAAAUACAUUUGGACUAGAAACACUUUCACGGACCGGGAAACAUCCUAAACCUAGAGGUCGAGUUGUGCAGCGUGCGUCAAAUUCAUAACAAAUCGCGCGGUAAACGUUAACAUUGGUGAACUACAUCUCAACCUCGUUCUGUCACUUUCCCAGCCAAGGUAUCCAGGCAGUAGCAACAUUGCAUAAUUUAGGAAAAUCCUUAUUAUCUCUACCCCGCCUAGACAACAUCAGUAUUUGGCUGGCUGGCUAACGAGGCGUGCCAUGCUAAAUUCAGCGCGCGUGCAUGGAAAUGGAUUCUGUAUUAGUGUAUUAUGGAAUUAGCUAAUUCUGCGCCUGUCUCUCGUAUCCUUGUUGGAAUGGCAUCGUGGACGACAUUCAUCUGCUUGCAGUGGGCGCUGCAGUGUGUGGUGUGUCGCGAGGUGACUCUUCCCUCCGGACCCCUGUUCCGCGUGGCAGGGUUCCCCCUGACGCUGCCCUGCGUGGUGUCCGGGUACGAGGGCCCGCGAACGCAGGACUUUGAGUGGUUCCUGUACCGCGAGGACGCGGGGGGGCGCCAGAUGGGCGUGGUCUCCACGCGGGACCGGGGGUUCCCCUACGCCCCCUACCAGCCGCGCGUGCGCUCAGGGGAGGUGCGGGUGGAGCGGGACGCGGGCGACCGGGUGAGGCUGGUGGUGCAGAGGCUCCGCCCCGAGGACCAGGGCCGCUACGAGUGCUACACGCCCAGCACGGACUCCCGUUACCAAGGCAACUACAGCGCCUCCGUCGUGGUCAAAGUCAUCCCCGACACCCUGCAGAUCAGUCACUCGCGCGCUCUGAUUGGCCAGUCCCUGGUCGAGGGCUCCGAGCUGCAGCUCACCUGCUCGGCCGCCGUCCAGUCCAAGCAGCACACCCACCUGUCCGUCACGUUCGGCGUGCGGGGGGCGGGGCCGGGCGGGGCCGGCGGGGCGGGGCAGAACCUGACGGAGGUGGUGUCGUUCGGGCGGGACCUGGCGGUGGUCGCCGGGCGGGGCGGGGACUACGCGCGACGGUGCGGCGACGGCGAGAUCGCUCUGGAGAAGAGGCGGGGCCAGGGCGACGGGGACCGCGACCUGUACCUGAUGAAGAUGGCGGCCGUCGCCCCCGGCGACUCGGGGGCGUACGUCUGCGAGGCGGCGCAGUGGAUCCUGGACCCGGAAGGAGUUUGGGAGCGGAUCGCCCUGCGGACCAUGGACCUGGGAACCCUGACCGUGCAGCCUUUGGCUGACACGAUGACGGUUGCCACGACGCCACGGGGGGAGGUCUCUCUCUUGGCAGAGUCUCCCCUCAGCCUGACGUGUGAGGUGGGCGGAGUCGGGGCGUGGUCCCGCACCGCCCUGCAGGUGCAGUGGAUGAGGCGGGCCGGGGAGGGGGCGGGGCGAGUGAUGGAGGUGGCCCGUCUGAGCCCGGACGGGGUGGUGACCUGGGGCGACGACACCAGCAGGGGAGGGGGCGGCGCCGUGGAGAAGGUGGGGGAGGGGCGGUACUCCCUCCGGCUGUUCUCCGCCUACCCGACCGACGCGGGGGUGUACCUGUGCGUGGUCAGCGUCUACGCCGGGAACCCCAGCCCGGGGCCCGCCACCCCGCCAACUGUCACUCGGAGAUCGGAGGGGGUGAACGUCCGCCUCCAGACCAAAGUUCCAACUGACAAGGUGACAGUUGCCAUGACGCCACGGGGGGAGGUCACUCUCUCAGCAGGGUCUCCCCUCAGCAUGAUGUGUGAGGUGGGCGGAGUCAGGGCAGAGUCUCGCUCUGCCCUGCUGGUGCAGUGGAUGAGGCGGGGCGGGGCCGGGGAGGGUGGGGCAGGGCCAGAGAUGGAGGUGGCCCGUCUGAGCCCGGAUGGGGUGGUGACCUGGGGGGACGACACCAGCAGGGGAGCGGGCGGCGCCAUGGAGAAGGUGGGGGAGGGGCGGUACUCCCUCCGGCUGUUCUCCGCCUACCCGACCGACGCGGGGGUGUACCUGUGCGUGGUCAGUGUCUACGCCGGGAACCCCAGCCCGGGGCCCGCCACCCCGCCAACUGUCACUCGGAGAUCGGAGGGGGUGAACGUCCGCCUCCAGACCAAAGAAGUCAGCGUUUCCACGGUAGCGGAGGUCCCCCCCGGCCCCUUGCUCAAGCGUGGGAGCACAGUGUCCGUGCUCUGCAACGUCUCCGUGACGACCGGCGGCCCGUUCCGGGUGGAGGUCCAAUGGCUGAUGAGGAGGGAGGCGCCCGGAGGGGCGGAGGGGGCGGAGCCGCUGGAGGUGGAGGAGGGCGGAGCCACGAGGCCCCUGGCCGCGCUGACGCACGACGGCCUGGCCCGUUUCUACGGUAACGGGAGCGAGGUGAGCGUGGAGCGGCUGGCGGCGGGGUGCUACAGGCUGAGGGUCCACGCGGCGCAGCCCGAGGACCAGGGCCUCUACGGCUGCCUGGCCCAGGUGUGGGCGCAGGACCCCGGCGGAGCCUGGCGCAGCACGGGCGCCAGGGCGGAGUCCGACCGCGUGCGCGUCUACCUGUACUCCCGCGCAACGGAUCUCCUCCUCAUCCCACUGGUAGUGGGCGUGUCCUCUGCCCUUUUUGUGGGCGUGUUCAUCGUCGCCACGGUGACCUGCUGCUUCAUGAACCGAUUGGCCAGGCAGCGUUCUCAGAAGUAGGACGACAUCGGCUGGAGGGGCGUGGCACUUCAUCCAAAUUCAGACUGAAAAAAAAAAUAAUUUCCAAAUGGAAAAUAUGGUACUCUGUGGUUUACUUGAAAUACAGGCUGUUCUAAAAUGGGAGCUGCAGAAUGCAAGAGAUGUUUUGUAUGUUUUUGUUUCAUUUUUUUAGAAUCCCAAAUGACUCCUCCCAUGUUAUUGUUAAUCUUGGGUUCAGGUUAUGAAGUUUUCUUGGGCUUUAAGUUUGAAAACAGACCUGGAUUUGACGUGGUGUUAAACUCACUGUGAAAGACUAGUGUUUUUUUUGCGCUACUAUGAGGUAGGGACAGGUGUGUUUCCUUUUUUAAAUUGUCUUUUAAAGUCUGCUCCUCCUGCGAAUUUGGGAGGGUGUUCUGAGUUUGUUUACCGUACGCCUCCUGAGCCGGUGUUUGCUCGCGGGAAGUUGUUUGUGAUGGGCUGUGAUGUCGCCACUCCGUGUUUGUACAGAACUGGUUUCAGUGGGGAGGGUUAAGACUGCCUGCAUUUCUACCCUGGAAGGGUAGGAAUUAGAAUGUGAUGAAAUAUACUGUAUAUUGUGAUGGAAUAUAUUUUGUGUAAAAGUCCUUGAAACGUGACAGCAGGCAGCUUCACUGCAUGCAUCUGAAUCCCAGACAGGGGCGCCCUUAUAAUUGUUUAAAACCAUUCAGCCCUAUGUUAAGCACGUCUGGUUACUUGAAGUCUGUUAACUUGAACAUAAACUGUGUUGCUAAUCUGAAAAAAUGAACAAAAAUAA